GUUGAAUGCGUAUCCAACUCCUCACAUUUUUAUACGGGUCAUUCAAACUCCUCCUAUAUUUCAACCAUCCAUUUCUAAUCGCACGAUCACGGUUUACGACUGAUCCAACCUGUGAAUGCAACGGAUCAUUAUGACUCAGAAAAUUUGCAAAAGACUUAAAAGCUAUUGGUUGGAUAGAGUAUUGAUGUUCACUGCUCUUAAAGUCUUGAUAAAUAGCUAACUACUCAUCUCAUUUGAUCACUAUAGCAUCCCUGCACUGAAUCAUUGUGAAAUCAUCACACACUUCCAUUACUCCUUCACUCCCUUUCCUUACGAUGGCAGCAGAACUCGUUGGUGGUGCUCUUCUCUCUGCUUUCCUUCAGGUUGCGUUUGACAGGCUGGCUUCUCCUCAAGUUUUAGACUUCUUUCGUGGAAGAAAACUUGAUGAGAAGCUGCUCAGCAAAUUGCAUAUCACGCUGCACUCCAUCAAUUCUCUUGCUGAUGAUGCAGAACAAAAGCAGUUCAGAGAUCCCUACGUCAAAGCAUGGCUUCUUGCUGUCAACGACGCUGUCUUUGAUUCAGAGGUUCUCUUGGAUUCAAUUGACUAUGAACUCAUCAAAUGCAACGUGGAAGCUGAAUCUGCGCCUCAAAGCUUGACUUCCAAGGUAUCCAAUUUCUUCGAUUCUACUUUCCGUUCAUUUAACAAGAAAAUUAACUCGGGGAUGAGAGAAGUCACAGAAAAACUAGAAUAUCUUGCAAAGCAAAAGGGUGCUCUUGGCCUGAAAAAGUAUAGUUAUUCUGGUGAUGGACCAGAUAGUAAAGUGCCACAAAAAUUGCCAUCAUCUUCUUUGGUGGUUGAAAGUGUUAUUUACGGCAGAGAUGCGGACAAAGAAAUUAUCUUUAAUUGGCUCACUUCCGAAACUGACAAUCAUAACCAUCUAUCUAUACUUUCCAUUGUGGACAUGGGUGGAUUAGGUAAGACCACACUCGCCCAACAUGUGUAUAAUGACCCAAAGAUCGAUGAUGCAAAAUUUGAUAUCAAAGCCUGGGUCUGUGUUUCAGAUCAUUUUGAUGUUUUGACAGUGACAAAAACAAUUCUUGAGUCGAUCACUGAUAAAAAAGAUGAUAGUGGGAACUUAAACAUGGUUCACAAAAAUCUGAAAGAAAAAUUGUCAGUGAAGAAAUUUCUUCUUGUUUUGGAUGAUGUUUGGAACGAAAAACGAGAAGAAUGGGAGGUUGUGCAAACUCCUCUUAACUACGGGGCUCCAGGAAGUAGAAUUCUUGUCACAACACGUGCUGAGAAAGUUGCUUCUAACAUGAGAUCUAAAGUGCAUCACCUAAAGCAAUUAGAAAAGGAUGAAUGCUGGAAAGUUUUUAAAAAGCAUGCACUAAAAGAUGAUGAUCUUGAAUUGAAUGAUGAGAAAAAGAAGAUUGGUAGAAGCAUAGUUGAGAAUGCAAAGGAUUACCUCUCGCUUUGAAAACAAUUGGAUGCCUUCUCUACACAAAAGCAUCCAUU